AUGCCAAUUUCCAGUGGUUUUUCACAAGAUCCAAAUCCAGAUCUGAGUUAUUAUGGCCAUAAACCAGGUAAAACAGAAAUGUUAGAUGAAGCAAUCUAUUUCGAACGACCUGACGAAAUUGUUGAUCGACCAGUUAUCAAGAAGACAAUUUUCAUGCCUGAUCGUAGAUCACCACCAUUAAUUCAUACUCGAAAUAUAUAUGUAGUUUCUCCCGAGCCAGAACCAGUUGUAAGUACAACAACAUCAAAUGUUGCAUCUCAUAGAUCAUUCCAUUUUAUUCGAACGUUAAGAAUGAAUGUUAGCUGUCCAUGUUGGUCAUGGUUAUGUAUUCUUUUUGCUUUUCUCGUGUUACUUGGUCUUGCUGCCGUGUGUUUAUAUUUUACUCUAAAACGUUAUAAUUAUAUCUAA